AUGAACCGCGCAGGCGACUAUCCAAUUUCUGGACCAACGCAGACGCACACACAGGACUGUAAAAUGAGUGCGUCGCAGCAGAGACACCCACUCACCGCGGAGGAGCGGGCACGCUCGCUGGAGGUGCUUGCCGAUCUGCUCGUCUCCACCUUUGACGGGGAGGUGAAUACUGCCGAUGUGCGUCGCGCAUUAUCAAGAGACGACACAGCUGACGGUGACGGUGACGAUGAUGACUCGUGGCGGGUGCGCAUAAUGGAGUGCGCACAUGAACGCAACGCUCGAGUGGCCGGCGAGGCAGCGCAGCGAGGCUCACGGGAAUGGGUGUGCCCCAUGUGCGAGACAGCAAACUGGAUCGUGGACGCUCGGAAGACCCUUCGCAAGCGACAGGAAGAGCCGUCGGGCGGAUGUUCGCUGACCGUCACGGAACCUUUGCGGUGUGGGUGCUGCGGCUAUGAUGGCGCGACGGCGCCGUCAUAG